AUGGCUACCAUCCAGAGAGCUGUCAUUUCGCUCCUCUUGAUCCUCUCGAUCACUUUCGUCUUCUUUGCUCAGAGCACCGAGGCUGCAAAGGGUCCAAAGAUCACUCACAAGGUCUACUUCGACGUUACCCACGGCGAUGAAGAGCUAGGCCGCAUCACCAUCGGUCUCUACGGCAAGACCGUUCCCAAGACCACUGAGAACUUCCGCGCUCUCGCUACUGGCGAGAAGGGAUUCGGUUACGAAGGCUCUACUUUCCACCGCGUUAUCAACAACUUCAUGAUCCAGGGUGGUGACUUUACCAAAGGCGAUGGUACAGGAGGUAAGAGCAUAUAUGGAGAGAAGUUCCCCGACGAGAACUUCAAGCUCAAGCACACCCGGAAGGGUCUCCUCAGCAUGGCCAAUGCUGGCAAAGAUACCAACGGCUCUCAGUUCUUCAUCACCACCGUCAUCACCAGCUGGCUCGAUGGCCGCCACGUCGUGUUCGGAGAGGUCCUCGAGGGCUACGAGGUCGUGGAGAAGAUUGAGAACGUGAAGAAGGGUGCUGGAGACAAGCCGGUCCAGACUGUCAAGAUCGCCAAGAGCGGAGAGCUCGAGGUGCCAGAGGAAGGUAUUCACGCGGAACUCUAG